AUGGAUGCGCACGAUUAUGAGUUGCAGUAUCAAUCACGAAGAGCUGCAGGUCCUCCUCCUUCAGUUCAACCGCCAAUAGUACCUCCAAGUGCGACUACAACCAAUGCUUCUGGUCGUCCUGCAACUCCAAGAAUGUUAAGAAGUGUAAGUGGAUCAGUCAAAUCUAAAUCAGAAUUGACUCCUAUAAACCCUAUGCCUCAACAGCAAUAUCAACAAGAUCCUCAGCAGAUGGAUUAUGUUAUGAGUACGAGUGGUAAUACUUCACACAAAAGUCAACCAAGUUAUCACCAAAAUGAAAUAGAUUACAAUAGUGGUUCCAAUUCAUCCAAUUCUCAUAAUAAAUCAUCAAGACAUCAUAAGGUUCAAGCACCAGUAGCCCAACGUCAAGGAGAAUUGUUACCGCCUGCAUCAAUUCCGUCCCCUGAAGUAAAACAAUCAUCUAAUAUGCCAAUUCAGCCAGCACCAACUCCAGCAGGGAUGGAUCCAUCUGGGAAAACAUCACAGUCUCACUCAUCUCAGCAACAGCAACAACCACCACCACCACCGCAACAACAACAACAAGGACAUUCGACACAACCUCAAGAUCAACGCUCCUCUCAUCAUCAUGGUCAUCAUAAUCAUGGUAAUGCACAUUUACCACAACAACAAUUUCAUAGAAAAUCCAUUGGUGAUUGGGACUUUAUAAAGACAAUAGGUGCAGGUUCAAUGGGGAAAGUUAAACUUGCUCAACAUAAUAAAACUAAAGAAAUUUGUGCUGUGAAAAUUAUUCCGCGUGCUGCAAAAUUAUAUCAACGAGCUCAUGCUAAUGAUCCUCCACCACAGACUACUCAAGAGGCAGCUCAAAGACAUAAAGAGUUUGAAAAGGAAAUUGCAAGAGAUAGAAGAACUAUUCGUGAAGGAGCAUUAGGAAGAUUAUUAUUUCAUCCCUAUAUUUGUAGACUUUAUGAAAUGGUACCCAUGACGAAUCAUUAUUAUAUGUUAUUUGAACACAUUGAAGGUGGACAAAUGUUGGAUUAUAUUGUUGCUCAUGGAUCUUUAAAAGAAAGGCAUGCACGUAAAUUUGCUAGAGGAAUUGCUUCUGCAUUAGAUUAUUGUCAUAAAAAUAAUGUUGUUCAUCGUGAUUUAAAAAUUGAAAAUAUUAUGAUAAAUGAAAAAGGUGAUAUCAAAAUUAUUGAUUUUGGUUUAUCUAAUUUAUAUUCUCCAAAGAGUUUAUUAAAGACGUAUUGUGGAUCUUUAUAUUUUGCUGCACCUGAACUUUUAAGUGCAAAACCUUAUACUGGUCCUGAAGUAGAUGUAUGGUCAUUUGGUGUUGUUUUGUAUGUACUAGUUUGCGGAAAAGUUCCAUUUGAUGAUCAAUCGGUAUCUGUACUUCAUGAAAAAAUUAAACGUGGGAAUGUAGAAUAUCCAAAUUUCCUUUCUCGUGAAUGUGUUUCAUUACUUUCAAGAAUGUUAGUGGUUGAUCCAUUAAAACGGGCGACCUUAUUUGAAGUUUGUCUGCAUCCUUGGAUGUAUAAAGGUUAUGAAUACAAAGUUGCAAGUUAUGUCCCCAAGAGAGUACCUUUAAAACUACCCCUUGAUCCAGAUAUUAUAAAGACAAUAGCUGCAUUUGAUUUAGGUACAGUGGAGAAUAUAACCGAAGAAUUAACUUCAGUAUUAACAAGUGUGGAAUAUCAAAUGAGUUGUGAAAAUUGGUAUAAAAUAACCGAACAAGGUCGUGAAUAUGCUUCUGCUAGUAAUAGUCAUAUCUUACCUGAUCCGACUGGUGGGUUCCAUCCUUUGGUUUCUGUAUAUUAUUUAGCGGAUGAAAUGAGGAAACGUAAAAAGGCAAAGGAAGAAGCUAUUAGACAACAACUUAUGCAACAACAACAGGUGCAACAACAACAACAGCAGCAGCAACAACAAUUAAUGCAAACGCAACAAGCACCAUUACCUCCAGUGCCUUCCCAACAACAACAAAUGUUCCAAACUCCACGUCAAGUUCCUGUACCCCAACAACAACAACUGCAACAACCACUGCAAGCUGUUUCUGCAGCACUCACGCAUAAAGGAAGAGAACCAUCUACUCCAAAUCAAAGAAUUGAUGAUUUUUCAGGUGCUGAAAUUGCUACUCAAGUGGCAGUACUAGCACAGAUAGCACCCGGAAGAGGAGAACCAAAUACACCUACACCAAGAUUAGUUGAAACAUUCUCCCCUAUAUCUGAACAACCACCUGCACCUACUUUAGACCCAGCAUCAUCAACACAAAAGCAACAACAACAACCAACUCAAUUAUCAGUUCCAGAACAAGCACAUACAUUAUCAACAUUUAAUAAACCAUCGCGUGCUCAACCCAUUGAAACUGUCACAAUUGACCAAUCUAUGAUUCCUGAGCAACAACAUCAAAGUCCAAGAGAAAGUUUACAACUGGAUCAUAUGGAGAUUUCCAAAUCAACCAACUCGCCAACAAGUUCAGGUGGACUUAAUUCAUUAUUCCGUAGAUUAUCAUCCAAGAAAUCCAAGAUAUCUAGUCCAAAGAGAACAACUUCUCCACCUGUCGUUAUUACAUUUGAAGACAAUAAACAAUCUACUGUAUCUCCACAAUCCUCAAUUAAACGUGAUCCAUUAGUACGUCGUGGUGUGAGUAUGAAGGUUACUGCUAAGGAAAGAUCAGCUAGUGAACGUCCAGCAAUGAAUAAAGUUUCCGAUGUACGUAAGCCAGAAACCAGAAAGCCAACAAUUAGUCCAACUAGUAAGCCUCAUGGAUUUAUCCCAGUGGAAUAUUUACCACCAUUACCUAAUAUUGAUGCUAAUACAAAUACAAUCAUUCCUGACAAAUCAACCGCAACAGCCGCAAUGACAACAACCGCAACACCUCAAUCUGAAAAGACAACAACAUUACAAGUUCCAGGUGCUCGUAAAAUGCAUCCUACGGCUAGAGCAAAAUCGGUUGGUGGACAAGUUGGAAAAGAUUUAUACGUUAAUACUCGUGCCAAAUUACAUCAACAACAACAACAUUUGCCACAAUUACCUAGUCAAAAUAGUGAAGAAUUGGAACAAAAAGACGAUACUGAUGGGUUCUUUGGUGAUAUUAAAUUGGAAGAUGUUGAAUUUAAAGAAGUUCCUCAACUUACAGAAGAACAAGUCAUGGCUGAAUAUAAUAAUGCCAAACCAAAUAGUAUGCCAUCUAUUGAACAUUGUAAGACAUUAUUCUUGAAAGGAUUUUUCAGUGUUCAAACAACUUCAGCAAAACCUUUGCCUGUGAUUAGAUAUAAUAUAAUUAGUACAUUGAGUAAAUUAGGAGUUAGGUUUCAAGAAGUGAAAGGAGGGUUUGUUUGUCUUCAUACUCCCUCAGUUAAGACUAAGGCCGAAGAUAGUGGUUCUGGUCAUAGUACAAUUUUGGAUCAUUAUGUUGAUGAAGAAUCACCUACCCAACCACAACUCCAACAACAACAAGAAGAAGAUAUGAAUCCCGAAGAAAAGAAAUUAUACGGAGAUGCAUUUAAAUCAUCAUCAUCAUUUGAAGAGAAUGGAGAAAAGACUCCCGACACAACAACUAGUCCAGACACUACCAAAACCCCAAGUCGAAAACCAUCAAUCCAUAUCCAAACCCAAGGAAUGUCCCCAGCUCCAUCUACGGUGAGAUCCCAUCGUUCAUCAAACUCCAUUGGAAGUGCACAUGGUCACAGAAGGAAAUUCUCCAUUGGUAAUACCUUUUUGGGAACAUAUCGUAAGAGGAAUGGAUCACAAGUCAAUAUGCCACCCAAUACACCAGCCGCGGCAAAGGUAUUACGAGGAAUGUAUGACGAUGAUGCUGAUCAUGUUGGAGAUGAUGAAGAGUUUGAAAUCUCAGAUGCAUUCCAAUAUGAUGAUUCUGCUGAUUCUUUGAAUGGAUAUAUUGGCGGUAGUGAUAUGUUAGUCUCAUCGAAGAUUGAACAACGGGCAAGACAUAAUAGAUCUACAAGUAUUUCCAGCCAAGGUGGUGGACCUUCUGCUGCUGGUGCUGGUGCUAAGGUGAGAUCGCCAUUGAAGUUUGAGAUUCAUAUUGUUAAAGUUCCUUUGGUUGGAUUGUAUGGGGUUCAAUUUAAGAAAUUGUAUGGGAAUACUUGGAAUUAUAAGACUUUGGCCAGUCAAGUCUUGAAUGAAAUGAAUUUGUAG